AUGAGACUCAUCACACACAACAUGUUACAAUGCCACGUCAAAAACUGCAACACGAAUAACUUUCCAUUACGCUUUGAGGAUGCUCAAGUGGAGCUGAUUGAAGCAGAAUUCAACCCUGAUUUUAUGGCCAAUGUAUUAAAUAAACUUGACUGGGAUGCUCUCAGAAACACAGCCAUUCAGCUUGGUAUCAAUACACUUCCCGAGGAAAUUCCUGAAAAUGCUGAAGAGAAUGAAGAGUUUUUAAAGGUUUUACAUGCUGUCAUUUUAGAGACACAUGUUCAACAGGGACAAAUGAUUUGUCCCAACUGCAACCAUGUAUACAAGAUUAAAGACGGAAUUCCCAACAUGUUAUUAGCAGAGCACGAGAUUUAA